GUAAAUUCAAGAUGUCUGCGCCCAGUGUUCUACGUGUCAAUAUUAUGACAUAAAUUUAUUUCUUUUUGACUUUCGCGUCAUUUAGAGAAAUAACUAAACAUCUUGACAUUAAUUAUGGGUAUCUGUUCACCAAAACGUGUUGGUGUGCUCCUGGUAUUUUUGUGGAUUGCCACUCUCUGCUAUCUAUGGUUUCCAGAUCUCGUUCCAGAUGUUCUCAAUCUCCGGUCAAAAAGUACAAAAACAGCGAAAGCAAAGCAUGCCAGCAGGAUGAGUCAUGUGUCUGGAAAUGUGACAUCCGGGGAAACUAUUCACGUGUGUAUCACCUCGGACAAAAACACGCUGGGAGGCGCAGUGGCGCUGAUAAACAGCAUUGUCUCUAACACCAAGUCAAACGUCAUGUUCCACAUCGUCACAGACGAGGAGAGCAUGGACCAUUUGAGCAUCUGGAUCAUGAAGAGUAAAUUAAAGGACAUUAACUAUGAGAUGAAGGCAUUUAACACCAAGUGGGUGGAAGGGAAAAUCAAUGUUAGAGGAGGUCGACUCGAGCUUGCAAGUCCUUUGAACUAUGCAAGAUAUUACCUUCCAAAACUGUUUCCCAAGCUCAGUGAAAAAAUAAUUUUUAUUGACGAUGACUGUAUUGUUCAAGGUGACAUAUCAGAGCUGUAUCGGCUAAAGUUUAACAAAGGUCACAUUGCGGCUUUCUCCGAGGAUUGUGUGGGUGCCAGCAAGAGACUGACCCACAUGAAGAACAACUAUGCUGACUACAUUGACUUCAAGAACAAGCAGGUGAAGCUGAUGAAGAUAAAGCCGACGACGUGCUCGUUCAACUCGGGUCUGUUCGUCACGGAUCUCUCGGCAUGGAGGAAACAACGCAUCACUGAACAGCUGGAGUACUGGAUGCAGCUCAAUACAAAGGAAGAGGUAUAUGGAAAUGAGAGGGGUGGUGGUGGCUCUCAGCCCCCAAUGAUGUUGGUGUUCUACAAAAAAUAUACAGAAAUACCCCCAACCUGGCAUGUCAGAUAUUUAGGAUGGACUCCAGGCACGAGCUACACGAAACAGUUUAUCCGGGGUGCCAAGCUUCUGCACUGGAACGGUCGAUUUAAGCCAUGGGGGCGACAGACUCAGCAUGUGGAGGUGUGGAACAAAUACUAUUUGACGGAUCCUACAGGAACAUUCAAACCAGUUAGACGGUCCUAACGUGUGAACAAAACAAAAGACAAACAGCACUACAGAGUCCAUGAUCAAAAACACUAAUGCUUGGCACACACCUACCGAUUAACACCAACUUGACUGUCAAGUCAGUAGUAGUCUGAAAAUGUGUAAAUGUACACCAGCCGAUAUGACCGUCUAAUGGGGAAAAAACCGGAGGAUUAGACACGACUGUUGUGUCUUUGCCCUGCACACAUCUACCAAUUAAUGCCGACUCAACUGUUUAGUCAGUGUUAAUUAGUAGGUGUGUGUCAAGCAUAAACGUCUGUUAAGCCAAAAUAUACAUUAAAGCCAAACACACGUCAGUCAUAAACAUGUUUUACUGUAAGAAACAUUUUAAGAGUUUUUAAAGGUUUUGUUUGCUGUCUUACUUUGCAUGGGAGUGGGGAUGUUUUGCAACUGAUUUGGUAAAUGUGUUUUUGAAAUCAAGCAUGGUUUCAUUCACUAAACAUAUUUUAACUGAACACGGUUUUUUGGGGAGGUGGGGUGGGGUGACAUAUUUUUGAUUGCUGUGUGCAUUUGGCUUAAUUCAACAUUUCUUUUCAACAUCACCUGUCCUCAAGACUAGUGCAUAUUCCCUACACUAGUUUUGAGGACAGGUGAUGUAUCUAUCAGGGGUGGGAAUUCUCCUCGGAUCAGAUGUUUUCCUCUCAUGGA